AUGACCUUCCCCUUCAAAGUCGUCGAACAUGUCAUCCCAGGCCAACACAUCCGCGAAUCCCCCCGUAGCAUCAGAGGCCGACAAGAGACGCCCAUCAAACUAGCCAUUAAACAAUAUAUCCCAAAUAACGCCGACCCAAUCCCGGACAAUGCCAUCACCAUAAUCGGGGUGCCCGGGAACGGGUCCCCCAAGGAGAUCUACGAACCGCUCUGGGAAGACCUGUACCACCAGCUGAAGCAGCUCUCCGUGCCAGUGCGUGGCAUCUGGGUAGCAGAUACGUCGAACCAAGGCGCAAGUGGUAUCCUGAAUGAAGAGAUUCAGGGAGACCAAACUAACUGGUAUGACCAUUCGCGCGACCUGUUACAUAUGGUGAAUCACUUCCGCGAGGAAAUGCCGAGGCCGCUUAUUGGUGUCGGCCAUAGUAUGGGGUGUGCUCAAUUGGUUAAUCUUUCCAUCAUCCACCCGCGUCUCCUGUCAACGUUAGUCCUGAUCGAGCCAGUCAUCCUGGAAGUAGCCUUCGGCGGCCCCAACCCAGCCAUGAUGGCCAGUCGCCGGAGGGAUCUGUGGGAAUCGCCCGAAAAAGCCGCCGCCUCUCUCAGCAAGGGCCUUGCCAAAUGGGACCCCCGAGCUCGAGACCGCUACCUACGCCAUGCGCUUCGUCCGGUGCCCACGCGGCUGUAUAACCCAGCCACGGACCCCAAAGUGCCCCACACGGCGGUCACACUAACGACAACCAAGCACCAGGAAUCCUGGAACUUCUUCACGCCGAACCUCGAGCGGGAGGAGCUGGACCGACUUCUGUUACCGGACUGGGAUGUCGAGAAAGAGCGACCGUAUCUGUUUUCCCGGCCGGAGUGCUGGUCCGCCAUGCGGAAUCUGCCGUACGUCCGGCCGAGUGUGCUCUGGGUGUUUGGGGGCAGGAGCUUUCUCUCCCUGCCGGAUGCGCAGGACUCGAAGAUGCGGACUACGGGCACGGGCACGGGGGGCAGUGGUGGCGUGGCUAAGGGGAUGGUUGAGAAGGCGGUGCUGCCCAAGGGUGGCCACACUCUUGUGUUUGAGCAGGUGGAUUGGUGCGCUUCGACGGUUGCGGAUUGGACGCAGCGGUGGUUCCGGGGCUGGUUGGCGGAUGAGAAGUUCUGGGAAGAGUAUCAGAAUCGGGGUUCUGAUGCGGAGGGAGUGAGGAUGUCCGAGGAGGCGUUUCAGAUUGCACAGCUGCCUGUUGGAACGAAGAGGGAGGAAAGGCCCAAGCCGAAGUUGUGA